UGCUCAUGUCAGAUAAUACCUGAACAGAGAUGAAAGAAUCCCAACUUGCCCUGGGUUUAUCUCUGGGGGAAGCACCACUGCUGGGAUGCAAGGGACAGUGGUGUAACGCAACAAGAUUUUAUCCUUUAGCACAGACUCAUGCAGCAGGGCUGUAUUAGCUCUGUCACCAGAAAAAACCAGUCCUACAGAACGGUUGUUCUGGUGGUAUCUACAUAUGCCAUUGGUGUUUAAGUGAGUCAGUGCAUUUUUAGGUAUGUGUAUUUGUACAAGCGGAAGACAAAACACGCUGACACCUUCCAGUGGAGACUAGUGUGCUCCCUUAGAUGUUUUUUGGUCAGCAUGAUUUUAAAAAAGGGCAGAAAUUGAAGGGCCAGUGAACAAACAUGGUUAAUUAAAUGUGAAAGGUGCUGUCCUUGUUUGGACUGUCUGUUAAUGGUAUGACAAGCUCUGGUAAAGAGCUUAGCUGGCCAGAUUAAAAUUAAAAAAUUGUCUCAGUCCAUCUGCUAGCUCCAAGGAAUUUACUUCCAUCACCUUUUCUUGUUUCUUCAUUAAAGCAGAAUACUGUCUUUGAAAAGAACAUUCCCGGGAUGUCUUGUUUGACUUUUUUUGCCUAAUGUUUUUUCCAAAGAUAAUCAUAUGUGACGUCAAGAUAUUUUCAAGAAGGGCAAUGCUCUUGGUUGGUUCAAGGAUACGUUAAAGACAACAGCUCUGUUGCUAAAGGGGAUUUUCUUUUUUUUUUUUUUUUUAUUUUCCUUGCAUAUUUUUUUGUUUUAGUUUUUUUUUUGCCACAGAUAAGUAUGUUUGGCUCCAUUUGGAAAAUUCUUCUUUGCCUUCUGGUUUUGGGAAUGAUUAAAGGUGGUCUUCAAAUAGUUGCAGCAGAAGGUACUUCAGCUACAGAAAGAGGACAGGCUAAAGGUGGUUCGCUAACCCCUCAGCUCAGUGGCUGGCAGUUGGCAAACCCUCCUCUGCCUCUUGAGUUGAAAAAGCUUAAUGGCAUCGUGGAGGCUGAACAGGUCAACAAGCCUUUGCUGUUACGAAGGAAGCGGUCCAUUCUGUUUCCCACUGGAAUUAAGAUCUGCCCUGAUGAAUCUGUUGAGCAGGCUAUUGCCAGCCAUCUGAAAUAUUUCAAGCUCAGAGUGUGUCAGGAAACAGUCUGGGAGGUCUUCAAGAUAUUCUGGGAGAGACUGCCAGAGCAUGAAGAAUAUCACGCCUGGAUGAGCCUGUGUGAGGAAGGAAAGAUGAGUAUCUUUGAAAUAGGCACGAACUUCAGUCAGUCUGAGGAGCACCAGAGUCUGAUUGUGAAGAAACAGUCCUAUAUGAAGGAAACAAUGGGCAGCUCCUGUGCUGAUUGGUCAUGUGGCCAAGGUGGUCCAGGGCAUCACUCCUGCAGCAGUAGUGGGACUCCAACUCCAGCUUCAGAUGCUGAUGUUACGACAUUGAGAGAUGCAGCUGCCAUUGUUCCUCCCCCUCAUGAGAUCUCCAUUGAGAGUCCUGUGCAUGGUAGUGUCCAUGAGAUUGAAGAUGCAGACAUUACUAUCAAUAAUGAGAUAAAGAAGGAGGAUGAGAAGCUAGUGAGACCUGUAACUGAGCAGAUGAUCGAGUUCCGCAUUUUGAUUGCUGGUGAAAAGUACAGUGAGGAACUGAGCGACCCAGCUGCUGUGAAGCAUCAGCUGCUCUCUGCACAAUUCAUUCCUCAGAUUGAAAGUGUAUUUGAAGGACUACCGGGAUACAAAAGCAUCCAUGUGCUGGAUUACAGCUCUCCUGAGGAGGACAGUGGGGUGGAAGUUCACUGUGCUGUCACAUUUGAUGGAAAAGCCAUCAGCAAUGCCACCUGGGACCUGAUUAACCUUCAUUCCAACAAGGUGGAGGACAACUCCUUUAUGGGCAUAGAGGAUAAUCCAACAGCUGUCUACACCAUCAGUGAUUUCCGAGAUUAUAUUGCUGAAAUCCUCCAGAAAAAUGCCCUGCUUGAAAACAAUUCCUUGACUUUAGACUUUAACUCUCUCCAAUUUACUGAUGUGAAAGAAAUACUGCACCUUACACCAGAAGACCCAUCCUGGAUUACUGAGCAUCCAGUUGUGCUGCAGCACCCAGAGUUUGAUGACAGCACCUUUUUAGCUGAACGGCCUUCGGCAGAUGAGUCAACUGUCAGCAAUACCUUGCCCUUUGAUUUCACCAAACCAGAUUCUACUUCAGAUAGUGAACAGUCCAACGACAAUGGAAUCCGGCCAAGACCAGAAAAUCUGGACUCCGAGGCCAGUUUGGCAGCCGAAGCUCUGCUCUUCUCAGAGGCUGAUGUCACUUCUUUGCCCGAUGGGCUGAAUUUAGAGGAUGGGAAUUGGACUCCUCAUUUGGUCACUGCACCAGUGUUAGGGCAUGAUUCCGUGGACUCUCUGGAAUGGAUUUCAGCCCCAAAUUCCUUAGAUGUGUUUGAAGAUAAUGAACUAUCUGAAAACCUUUUGCCUUCAAGUCCUCCUCACCUCGUGCCUGAAGAACUUCCAGCUCCAGAUGAUUAUGGAGUUCCUCUGCUUUCUGCACCAACAGUGGCCUCUUCAACAGUCACAGAGAAUGAUAUUAAAGAAACAGCAUCUGCUGAGAAGGAAGAAGUAACUCCGGGUAGUCCUGCAGGCAGUAAUGAUGCAGACUCUGUGUUGCAUGAGUCUGUGGAAGAAAUUCCUUUUCCCUUAGAAGUACACCCCGUGGAAGAUGAAACUCAUAUAUAUCUUGGAGAUAGAGUUAUAUAUGAUGAUGGGUCUGGUUCAGCUUUUGAUGGUUCAGGAAAAGAAACGGAAUCAAGCAAUUGGCCUUGGGAAGAUGCAACACUCGAACCAGUUUUAUACCCUGGUCCUGAUGGCUGGCUUGAAGAUGACAAUGAGUCUUUGUUAAUCAGAACUAAGGACAUUCCUGAAGGCAUGGUCUUAGACUAUAUUCUUAACUCUAAGAGUAAAUUAGAUAAUGAUCCUUCCAAAGAUGAGAAUGAAGGUAUGGCCAAUAUAAAAGAAGAUUUCCUCGAUGAGUCUGAAAUAUUUGUCCUUCCAGAGACUGCAACUCAGCGGGUACCUCUGUUACAGACAGAAGAGCCAUCAUCUGUGGAGCCAUCUACACAGACAGAAAUAUUCAGCACAUAUGAUUCUUCAUUUGUUAAACCAUCACUGGUUUUAGAGCCUUCAGUGGACCAUUCCUUUGUAGACAUGCCAACCGGAGAGAUCCCUGUCUCACCACACAGUACAGGUCUGUCUGUGGAAGGCAGUCUCCUUACAUCUACAGGGACCAUCAGUAUGGAGCAGCCCACAGAGUCCAGUGUAGGUCAGAACAUCAUUUCUGAAGCAGUUGACCACCAAACUGAAGACAGGACAAUGGUAGAAGAACUAUUCACAGUGGAGCAGCCAGGUGUAACUGAAGAUGCUAUGAUAGGCCACUGGGACACAAGCUCUUCAGAAACUAUUCUGACUGCAGAACCUUCCACGGUGCACCCUGAUGCUUCCGUGGUGUACCCUGAUGCUUCCACAGAAGAGCAGCAAACCCUAGAUUCAUCGUUGGCAGGCCAAGACACUACUGGAUCAGCAGUGAUGAAACCAGCUGAUGGUUGGCCCACUGACAGAGUACUAGGUAACUCAUUAGAUGAGACAGUGCAAUCAGCAAUGCCAACUGCUACUCAAGUUUCAACUGCAGUUCCUUCUGUAAUGGAUCAGACCACUGUUCUAGAGGCCUUUGCUGGUCAGGGGGGUACAGAUCACGACACACAUGUUUCCAUGAGCUUCAGCACUGUCAUGAACUCUUAUGUAACAGUGAGUGCAACAACAAGCACUGCUGAGCUUCCAUCCCAUCUCCCUCCUGUGGGAUCCACGGCGUCAUCGUCUGUGGCUGCCUCAACAAAUGUGGGAGAAGAAACGACGAGCGACUUGGGUGUUUCAGUGGACCUGGAUCGUGUGAGCACUGUCCACUCCUCUCCUGAGCUGCCUGAGGAGGGAAGGAGCAUGACUGAAAGUCACGUGGAGCUAACAACUCGUGUCCAGUCCACAGAGAUGGCCAGUCUGGCUUGGGCCACACAUGAAAAUCGCAGUAAUACUCUUGUCCCGUCAUGGGCUCUAGUUGUGUUUUUCAGUCUUCGGGUCACCAACAUGAUGUUUUCAGAGGACCUGUUUAAUAAAAACUCUCCUGAAUACAAAGCGUUGGAGCAGCGAUUCCUGGAACUGCUGGUGCCCUACCUCCAGUCAAAUCUGACAGGCUUCCAGAAUUUGGAAAUCCUGAACUUCAGAAAUGGCAGCAUCGUGGUGAACAGUCGAAUGAAAUUUGCCAAACCUGUGCCUCGGAACGUCACCAAUGCUGUGUACGUGAUCCUGGAAGACUUCUGCAACACUGCAUAUCACACCAUGAACCUGGCCAUCGAUAAAUACUCCCUAGAUGUGGAAUCGGGUGAGCAAGCAGAUCCCUGCAAGUUCCAGGCCUGCAAUGAGUUCUCAGAAUGCUUAGUAAAUCGCUGGAGUGGGGAAGCCGAGUGCGUCUGCAACCCUGGGUACCUGAGCAUCGACGGGCUGCCGUGCAGUAGCAUCUGUGAUCUGCAGCCAAACUUUUGCCUCAACGACGGGAAGUGCGACAUCAGCCCUGGGCAAGGGGCCAUCUGUAGGUGUCGUGUGGGAGAGAACUGGUGGUACAGAGGAGAGCACUGUGAAGAAUACGUGUCUGAGCCAGUGGUGGUGGGCAUUGCAAUUGCUUCUGUGGCAGGAUUCCUUCUUGUGGCGUCUGCUGUCAUCUUCUUCUUGGCCAGGACACUUCGAGACCAGUACUCAAAAAGUGACACUGAGUACUCACAGGGGCAGGGUGACAGCCUCUCGUCCAUUGAGAACGCAGUUAAAUACAACCCCAUGUAUGAAAGUGAUACGACUGGCUACAGCCAUUAUUACCGGCGGUACCCUCAGCUAACGUCCUACAGUUCUACCAGUGUAGAGACAUCCACAGACUACAGCAGUGAAGAGAUCAGGCACAUUUAUGAAAACAGUGAGCUUACUAAGGAGGAAAUUCAGGACAGAAUUCGAAUUAUAGAGCUCUACACCAAAGACCGGCAGUUUGCAGAGUUUGUUAGGCAGCACCAAAUGAAGCUGCUUUAAGAAAAAAAGAAAUCAGUAGAAUGCAUGUGGGAGAUAAAGACUACCAUGUUGCCAUAGCAAUGGGCUCAGAUGUAACUGCAAAGUUACUUUAUAGUCUUAACAUUGCAUGGAUGGAUACAGAUGUUUUCUAAAUGAAUGGCUAAAAUGUACAGAUGUCUGUUUAUCUCAAUUACUUCUGGCUUUUCUGUGAAAUUUUUAAGAGGUGAUCAGAAGUGGCAGAGGUUAUGAAAGUCCAUGUUUCUUUAACUCUGAAACAGACAGUGGAAAUCUCUAUACCAAGGCAAAAGAUCUCCUCAAGUCAGAGAAGAUACAUGCACAACCAAAAUAAAAGGCACAUUUAAAAUCCCUGUCUGGCAUCUAUCCCCUCACUGGAGGCUACUGUAGAGAUUUCACAGGUAUAAAGCACUAGUGGAAACAAAUAUUUGGUUUGCAUGCAGAUGCUUUGCAGGGGAGAACUACUGUGCUAGAAAUAGGUUAGCAGUAUUUUAAGGCAUUCCCGUUACAAACACAAACCUAACCUCGCUGGAAAAAUUGUUCUGCAGGACAGCUGCCUGAUGGACAUUUUGUCACCUGGCAUUAGCAAAACUGACCACGGCAGGGUGACUGCGGGCCUCCUGAAGGCUCUCCCCAAAACACUCAGCAUCACCCCUGCCUGUCGCUGCCCCCCUGCAGCGUGUUUGAAGCCAGGAGGGUUGAUUCUCCAGCUGUUCCUGGCAGACACACAAGCAGCGGCACAAAGGGCUUCUACACAAACGUUGAGCGAAGCUGAAGUGACUGACUUUUUUUUGUAUGUAGACAAUUUGUUUGCUAGUUUAUAAGUUAAUACACAUUAUUUAUUUGUUGUGUAUUUCUCUACCAGCUUAUUUACAUAAUGGAUUUGAUUGUUGAAAUAGAAAGAUGAAUAGUUUAAUGAUGAAAUACUACAGUGGCAUUUGGGCCCGUUCUUUUUAAAAACACAUUUAGCGUUUACUCAGUGUUGAAUUCAGCCAACUAAUAUUUGAAUUUUCUUUGCUGAACUGGGCAACAGCCUGCCCUGAGCUCUGUUUCAGACUCAGGCUCUGGUACUUAAGUGCAUGCGUAUUUGGUAGAUGGCAGCACUUUCCUACGGGGAAGGGAAAACAAGAGAUUAUUCUUGGCUUAGUAGAAGUCACUGUAGAAUUCCUUAAACGGAAGUAGUCAGCCUGAAACAUUUUAAAAUAGCUGAAUUGAGGUAGAGACCUCGGAGGUACAGAAACGGAGUUUUAUCUUCAGUUAAUGAAGAAAGUUCUGACUGCAUGCUGAGGCUCUGUUCAGUCAGCCCCUGUCUCUUCUUUGGGGCAUUAGGACAGCUGUCAGGGGUAGGCAGGGCACUCAGCCUCAUGUUACCUUCUGUGAGCAGACAAAGCCAAGUUGUUUGUUAUUUCUACAAAGUCUGUAGUUCUCGGCCCACAUGUGCCAACAGCCACCUGCUACUUUUUAGAGUUAAGCAAGAGUGAGAAUCACUUACUGGGCUGUAGGCAGCCUAGCUCCCCGGGCGCACGUUUCGGUGCAAUGCUUCUAGAUGGGCGGGAGAGCCUCACCGGAUCGCUUGCGUAGCUUCUUCUUGCCUUGGGUGGCAGGAACGGGUAUCAGAGCCACACGCCUGUCCAAGAAAUGCUUACAUUAACCCCUGUAAGCCCAAAUGAUGCAAGACAGCAGGGAAUGACUGACGUGGUGCUGCCAAAUACCGUGGUGACCAGGUGGCAGGAGACAGAGGCACCGUUCUGCCGGGUGGCCCAGGGGCUCCCGGAGCCGCUGGCCCGCUUGCUGGGGCCCAGCCCCAGCUCCCGCCCCCGUGGCAGCACCAGGGCCCUGCGAUCCCGGCGCAGGGUUCCCAGCCCUGGGAGCUGCGGCGGCUGGGGUCCAGCACCUUUUAAAGCUGUUCUGCUAUUUGCUGUGCACACGCCGAGGCGAGUGGUGGUUACGCAGAGAGGGAGGUAUUUCAGUGUCUCUACAGUGAAUUUUUUGUGUGUGUGUGUGUAUACAUACGAACAUCAUGGUAUCUGAUUUUCACUACAAUAAAGAUUUAUUUCCAAAAUAUUUUCUUCUGUAAAAUUAAUGUAGAGACUGUGAGAUUGCUAUGGAGAGAGAAGGUAUCUUUGUCACGCUGAGUUGUGCGUGUAGGAUCAGAAAGUUUGGGUGUUUUUUUAAACAGAGUUGGUUAAACUUCUUUGCUAAAAAAAGUGCCAAAUAUAGUUCGUUAUCACUUACAAGGCUAUAUUCUGAAAAUUCAUGCUAGAGAACACAUAACUGAGUGCUUUGCUUUCACCUGAGCUCUUUGCCCAUUUUGAAGACGUUGCAGCUCUAAACGAAGAGCCAAAACAUGCUGUUACUUAGGUGAUCCUGAAGUCUUAAAAACAAAAGCAAAUGUUCCCCCUCCCCUUCAAACCUCUUCAUCUGAACUGUUUGAUGAUGCAUCUUACAACACCCCAAGAUGGAUUUAAUGAACUUCCUUUCUUUGCUAUCUUCCCAAUCCAAGGUAAAGAACUCUAAAUUGCCAUAAAUAAAACAAAA